AUGGAGCGGGAGGAGGAGGAGGAGGAGGAGGAGGAGGAGGAAGGCCCGGGGCCCGAGGAUGAGGAAGGACGCGGGGCUGAAGGAGGCGGUGGGGCGGCCGGGGACGCUGGGAACGGCGGUGACGAUGAGGAUGAUGAGGAUGAUGAGGAUGAGGAUGAAGAUGAGGAUGAUGAUGAGGAUGAGGAUGAAGGCGUGGCCGGCCGGUUGGUGGCGCUGGAGCGGGCGCUGUCGGAGCAGCUGCGGGCGCUGCCGCCGCCGGGGCCGCCGGUGGCCGCCGUGUACGCCCCGCUCGAGUACGCGUGGGAGCCGCACCGGAGCUUCGUGCGCCGCUACCUGCGCUCCCCGAAACCCGUGCUCUUCCUCGGCAUGAACCCCGGGCCCUUCGGCAUGGCCCAGACCGGGGUUCCGUUCGGGGAGGCGCGGCUGGUCCGGGAGUGGCUGCGGGUGUCGGGCCGGGUGCUGAAGCCCCCCCAGGAGCACCCCAAGCGCCCGGUGCUGGGGCUGCGCUGCCCGCGGGCCGAGGUCAGCGGCUCCCGCUUCUGGGGGCUGAUCCGGAGCCUGUGCCCGGACCCGCGCUCCUUCUUCCGCCACUGCUUCGUGCACAACCUCUGCCCCCUCCUCUUCCUCGCCGCCUCCGGCCGCAACGUGCCCCCCCCGGAGCUGCGGCCGCCGCAGCGGGAGCGGCUCCUGGCGACCUGCGGCUCGGCGCUGGUGGCCACCGUGCGGGCCCUGGGCGUGCGGCUGGUGCUGGCCCUGGGGCGAGUGGCGGAGCUGCGGGCGCGCCGGGCGCUGCGGGGAGCGGGGCUGGCCGUGCCCGUGCGGGGCAUCCCGCACCCGUCCCCCCGCAACCCCCGCGCCAACCGCGGCUGGGAGAGCCAGGCCCGGGAGAGGCUGCGGGAGCUCGGGGUGCUGCGGCUGCUGGGGGUGGGCGAGCAGGGGGCAGCGCCCGGGGGGGAGCUGGAGUGGCUGGGUCAGGCGGGGGAUGGGGAGGAGGGAGUCCUGCCUCAGUUUCCCCGCUCAGAAACUCCGGGGGUGGAGAACCGGGACCGGGACCGGGAUUGGAACCGGGACCGGGAUUGGAAUCGGGACUGGGACUGGGACCGGGACCGAGAUUGGAACCGGGAUUGGAACCGGGACCGGGACUGGAACCCCGGGAACCGCCAGAGGGCGACAGAGCCCCGGGACCGGGAUUGGAACCGGGACCGGGAUUGGAAUCGGGACCGGGAUUGGAACCGGGACCGGGAUUGGAAUCGGGACUGGGACUGGGACCGGGACCGAGAUUGGAACCGGGAUUGGAACCGGGACCGGGACUGGAACCCCGG